AUGUUUACUCGAUUCAACGACCUGCCUUCAGAAAUCCGCGGCCUCAUCUGGGAAGCAACGCUUCCGCCCCGUCGCAUCUUCCACGUCAGAGGAUCAAUAACGAUAUACCCAGAACAAGGCUGGCCGUCGCUUAAGCGCUUCAUAUUUCACAUACAGCACCGACAUCCUGUAGCUACACAAGUAUGCAGAGAAUCGCGAGCUGCCGCACUGCGUCGCGGGUUCUUCUUCCCCAAGUGUCCAGAUGUGUGGUUCAAUCCUGACCGGGACAUGCUCUACAUUGACAGGAACCAGCGGCGACUCAUUCAGAGUCAAGGCGGAGACGCCGUAUAUCGAGUUGAUGGUCUAGAGCGCGUCAAGCACCUGGGUAUUGAAUGGAGAGCGUGGUUUCGGGACAUUCCAGCUCUGCAGUCAGAGGAAAGUAUGAGGGAGAGAUGGAAAUACGCCCUGCGUUCGGUGAAUCUCUACAUGCCCAAUCUGGAGUCUAUCAACUUUGUGCUGCCACAAACCCGAUAUUGUGGAGGUAUGAGCUUCGGACGAGAGCCAUACGGAGCUUGGGAACAUCCCUGCGAAUUAAUUACUUUGCCUGCAAAUAUAAACGUUCCAUGGGGUAAGACCUUGCCGCCUGGGGCGCCAUUGACGGAUCCUGCAUUGGCCGUGUCGUUUGGGCGUCAACUGACGACGCGCCUGACGACUUGGGAGACUAUUCGAGGGCAAAUGAUUGAUGCGCUUGAAGAUGAUGACGAAGCAGCAAAGGAGGAAGAAGGAGAAGAAAUAGAUGAGCUUGGCCAUGUAAUGCCUCGUCCAGGCGGGCAAAUUCCGCAGGUCGUGGGAUGGUGGCUGCUUCGAGUUGGUGACGGCACGUCGUACAACAACCAGGAAGUGAGGACGUUUACAUCCUGA